CUAUUUUUAUUGUGAAAGGCACCAGAACUUAAUUACAUUUCUCGAAAGUUUCCAAAGUAGGGCAAUUGCUAGAUUGUUGGGCGGUUCAGUUUAAACUUGGUACAUCUUGGUGUGAUAAUCAACGAAAGUUUGGAAUGUAAAAUGGCAUCCAGGAUCUUGGCUGUCCUUUUCCUUUCUUGUAUACAAAAAAGCAUGGUACAGGGCGGAAGCAAAGAACCUGGCGUAACUGUUACAUGCCGUGCCCAUGAGAUGGAAGUCACAUUUGAGAAGAGAAUAUUCACCACACUUGAAGCGAGGAAUAUGUCCUUGGAUGCCCCUGCGUGUUCAGCCUCUGACAGCCCACAGUUUAUUUCCAUAAGCACAGCCCUAAAUGAAUGUGGCACAAAAUUCUACGAAACUGGAGACACCAUCGUGUUCUCCAAUGUUGUUCACAAAGAUGCCGAGCUAGUGAACGGCCAGAUUACACGGGAACAUGAUUUUGAAUUCUCGUUUAAUUGCAGCUAUUCCAAAACGAAGUUUCUCAGCCUGCAAUUUGUCCCCGAGGGAAGGCUUGAUGUUCCCGGUGUAGAGGGAUUCGGUGACUUCAACUUUACAUUCGAUGUCUACACAAGUUCUUCCUAUUCAACGCCCCACUCCGCUUACCCCGUCGAGGUGACACUCAAUGAAUAUAUCUAUCUGGGGUACAGGGUGGAGUCCAGUGCUAACCUUGGGGUGAUGGCUCUUAACUGUUUGGCUACGAAAAGUUCAGUUUAUUAUUCUUCACCGCAAUAUCCCAUUAUACAAGAUGGGUGUGCAAUGGACACGACACUGAGUCACGACUACAACUCCAGCAGAAAUUGGCAAACAUUUGCACUGAGAGCAUUCAGGUUCUUCAAUGACUAUGACUCGUUUUAUAUCCACUGUGAACUGUUAGCCUGUCUUGAGGAGUCUAUAUCAUCUAGGUGCCAACAGGGAUGCGUACCGUCAGCUAAUAGGAAGAAACGAGGACUGGAAGAGGACACAGCCGGUCCAUACAUCAUCAAAAGAGGGCCAAUCAAAAUUGUCCGAGGAAAAAGCCAAAACGAAAAUGGAGACACAGGGAAACAAUCAGCAGCUGUAAUCGGAGGCGCAACUGCCGCUGGCGGAGUUGGUCUGGUUGGAGUCAUAGCUCUGGCUGCUGUUUUUGUCAAAUAUCGCAUUUUACGGCUCAUGACAAACAAAAACAAGGUCAGAGACAUGUACAAUGACACCACCCAAGACGAUGACAUAGUGGAGAGGGAUACCGAGAGUCAAAACUCUUAGCUCAUACACUGCUACUCAAGUCAGAAGCCGAUAGAAUAUUUCUGACUAUACGUCAUUACCAAGUUUUGAUUUGUGACAACACUAAUCAAUUUGCGCCAAAUUUCUAAUGUGAAGGAAGGUUUAGUACACAGAGUUCGUUUUGUUUUCUUAUCGGCGUCAUUUACGAAGAGAAAUGAGUGUUACCGUAUCAUUGACAUUUUAUCCUGGAAGUGCAUGUUUAGCAUUUAUUCGAG